CCCGGUGACUACUCUCCUUCUGGGCUUCUAGCCGAGAGGAGCGCGAGUGCUAAUAAACUUCUCCCUCAGUGGGUGGUCGCACCCGAGGCAAGGUCACCCAGCCGGCGGGCUGGAGGACUCCGGGCUUUCCCCGGCGCCGGCUGAGCCUCGGGGCUCCGCUGGCCAUGCCUGGAGCGCGGGGUUUGACUGGGCCGCCGUUGUUGUAGUGACCGGGAGGCGCCACGGCUGCGGGCAGACGGUUCCGGGCGCCGCACGGUCCCCCAUCCCACCCCAUCCCCUUCCUUUCCCCGGUUUCCCCCACCGGCAGGAACCGGGCUCUCACCGCUCCCCCCAUGGCCUCCGCCCCGGAGGAUCCUGUUCUGGAGCGUUACUUUAAGGGCCAUAAAGCUGCAAUAACCUCCGUGGAUUUUAGUCCCAACGGCAAACAACUUGCUACUGCUUCUUGGGAUACAUUUCUUAUGCUAUGGAAUUUCAGGCCACAAACUAGAGCUUUCAGAUACGUGGGUCACAAGGAUGUUGUAACCAGCGUGCAGUUUUCUCCACUUGGAAACUUACUGGCAUCUGCUUCACGAGACAGAACUGUUAGACUCUGGACUCCUGAUAAGAGAGGAAAAUCCUCUGAAUUUAGAGCUCAUACAGCUCCAGUUCGAAGUGUGGACUUUUCAGCUGAUGGCCAGUUUCUAGCUACAGCUUCUGAAGACAAAUCCAUCAAAAUAUGGAACAUGUAUCGCCAGCGCUUCUUAUAUUCCUUGUACCGACAUACACACUGGGUACGCUGUGCCAAAUUUUCACCUGAUGGAAGACUGAUUGUAUCAUGUAGUGAGGAUAAAACUAUUAAAAUUUGGGAUACCACAAGUAAGCAGUGUGUGAGUAACUUCACAGAUUCGGUAGGGUUUGCAAAUUUUGUGGAUUUUAACCCUAAUGGUACUUGCAUAGCUUCAGCAGGUUCCGAUCAUACUGUGAAAAUCUGGGAUAUAAGAGUGAACAAAUUACUCCAGCAUUAUCAAGUUCACAGCUGUGGAGUUAAUUGUGUAUCAUUCCAUCCUUCGGGUAACUAUCUCAUCACUGCUUCUUCAGAUGCUACACUUAAGAUUCUGGACCUACUAGAAGGAAGGCUCAUAUAUACACUCCAAGGACAUACGGGUCCUGUUUUUACUGUUUCAUUUUCAAAAGGUGGAGAGCUGUUUUCAUCAGGAGGUGCAGAUGCACAGGUUUUGUUAUGGAGGACCAACUUUGAUGAACUGAAUUGCAAAGAUGUUAUUAAAAGAAAUCUCAAAAGAUUACAUCUUGAUUCACCACCACAUCUUUUAGACAUCCAUCCAAGAAUACCACAUUCCCAUGAGGAAAAAAUUGAGACUGUUGAAAUUAAUCCAAAACUGGAGGUAAUGGACCUGCAGACCUCUACGCCCCCUGUUGUGGACGUCCUUUCUUUUGAUUCUACCACACCAUGUGGCCAAAGCAGCUGCAUUGCUGGCAGCCACGUGGACUGUACCACUGGAGCAGCCAAAAACAAGCUAAACUGUCACAGGUGGUCACAGCUAACCAGGUUCUUGGUGAUCACAGACAAAGAAUUGAACCAGACACACAGAGGGUUUAUAGCAGAAAGAGAGAGAGCAGAUUUAUUAAGCAAUAGUACACUCCACAGAAAAUGGGAGCAGGCUAACUCUGAGCAGAGAUUGACUUUAGGGGCUGAAGGAUUCUGUUCUUACAGGAUGGAUAUUUCCUGGCUUUUUGGCGGGCUUUUAUUGCACCUGUACAAGUAGUUAUGUUACUUUAAAUCUACUGUGCAUGCAGUCUCCCAUGAUUUUUCUUGAUUGGCCACCGGGGAACAGGUCCCACAAUGUUAAUUUAUUAUAAUGUUAUUAUAAUGAAGCAGGAGUCAUGUAACAUCUUCUGUGCAGGUGCAUUCGUGAUUCACCAUGAUUCAAUGCUUUUCCAGAAGCGGGGACAACCUGUCUUAGAACAGGGUCUCUGUCCUGUAUUGUAUCCUCUAUCUUAGCCCUGGGGCACCUCCUGAGUAUCCUUCUUCCUCAUUAUCUCCUGCCUCAAAGCAGCCUGGAUUGAGCCUGAGAUUGCUUAGCAGAUGCUUGUGGGCUCCAAAAGGACUAAGCUUUAAUAUGAAGCAGAAACGCUGGACAUUGGUUUCUGUUUUGGCCUUGCUGAAGACAUGAUUGACUCUUCCUGUAGCAGAAUGAACAGAAAUUGUAAUGGGGUAGGUCGGAGCAGAAGUCCCUGGAAAACAUUGGACCCCCCUCCCCCCAGAAAAGCAGAAAGGCAGGGGGUGGAAAAGGGUGCCCAUGGAGCAGAAGACACAGAGCUUAGGGCAUAUUUGCAUAACAAAGGCAGAUUGAAACAGCCCUUCAGGAAAGGAGGGGCUGGGAAGGAGGCUGCUGCCAGGGGCAAACUAUAAACAAAGACAACCUGACUGUGAGAACCUGGGCUGGCAGAGUCACUCAUGGCACAGCUUGGGUUGGUGGGGGGAGCAAAUACAGCACCUGCAUGAGCUGCAGGGGCCAAAUGCCCUACCCUGGACUAACAAAUGUUUGUGCAACUGAGCUGGCUGGGAAACUUUUGCCCUUACUAAAAAUGGCAGCCAAAAGAGGGUCAAAAACACUGGGGAGCUGACAAAAAUGUCAGACAGGAAUUUUUGAGCCAAACCUUUAAAUUGCAGAGUGCAGAGAAACAUGAGGUCUAGAGCUCUGGGGGUAUGUGGGCUUUUUGCCCCCGCCCUAGCUAGCCCAGUCAGUCACAGGGAACCUUAAGUCCAGAAACUAGGUAUGUUCCCACAGACCUCGUUGUUUAGACAUGUCGUCAGUGUCCCUCCCACACAGAAGAUGGCUGGUGGCACUAGGGGGACCUGCUUGGCCAAGCACACACUGAUAAGCUGAUGGCUGGAGUAAAGGCAGCUCUGGAGGGGAGAAAUGGGCACUGUGAAGACUCAGGCAGGUUGCUCACGGACUUGUUGGAGCUGCUUGGAGCUGAACUGUGACUGGGAAUGCUGAGCUACAGACUUGUGUUUCUACAGGACAAUACUUUGAGUGGCAUAUUCUGAAACUGGUCUGGCUUGGUCAGAGGGAGGCAAGUCCACUCCUGUUUGGGCGUUUGUAAAGGGGACAGGACUUAAUGGCAGAAAGGCUUGCUCUCGCUGGCUCUCUUGCUUGCUCGCACACUAGGUAUGAAGAAGUCACUCUUUUGCUUUGGGGCUUGAUGCAAGCUUUCUCUCUCUCUCUGAGCUUUUGGCAUUUAUAUGUUUUGGGCCUCUGGCCCCACUCCACACAUGGGCAAGAGCACUCGUGGGACCAGGCAGAUGCCCAGCCCACUAGGGGCUUAGACCCGCAGGUGAUGGGAGCCCACUCCUGGAGGCAGGGUUCGAUGCUGGGACAUGUGCCUCCCUGGGCUCCAGUCUCUGAGACACUAUGUACAGCACACAGUUCCUGGACCACUACUUGGAGACUGAGAAGAGCGCACUGCAGAUGCUGAAACAGAGAGCUGCUGUGAGAGGAGGGCAAUUCUGAAACCCAGGAGUGCACAUGCCAGAGAGGGUAGAGAUCUUUUUGCAUGGCCAGCUGAUGGACAGAUAAGGAUAUGGGGAACUUCUGGGCAUGGUUUUGGCUUGUAGUCUUUUGGAGAGUAAGGGAAGUUCUGGGUCUCAUGGGAGAGAAGUGCUCAGAUCAGGAGUGCUCUCAGCACCCCCAAGGUUAGAACCUCAUUAAUAAACAAACACCUGUUUCCCUCAACAUAAAUUACUACAUCAUGUAUAAGAGUGCCAUGUGGUCAGAUCCCAAUUUGUACAAAAUGGGACAGUGGAAACUCAGAUUGUAGUUUCUGUUUUCACACAAGUAAACCAUGCCAUACCAUAGUCUCCUGUGUGUGGAUGCUUUCCUUGUGAGUCUGUGGAAGAACAUAACUUCCACUAACAACACUGGAUCAGUAGAAAAAUUAAUGAGGAGAAAACCAUUGUUAACAUGCUAAAGUAUAGUCUCCCAGGACGAGGUUGCAGGUAUUAGAACCUGUAACCUAAGAGAAGAGGCCCUGCCCUCUAUCCCCUGGACCUCAGAGAGCAGACCUCAUGGAGCUGCACCCUAACCAGGCGUGGCACCAGCCGCUGGUUCCAGUGCAUCUAAGGAGGUUCAAAGCUGUCUCUGGGAAGCAGCUGACAGGAACAGCAAGCGAAUUUGGAGCAAGCCUCUUCUGUGCCUCUGGUCUUCGGUCUCCUCUCUGUGCCAUCUACGGACAGAACCAGCUGACACGAGAAAACUGCAGUGUGCAGAGCCCUGGUCUCAUUUUUACAGAGCAGGCCUUUGAAGGUGGAGAUAGAAUCAAGAGACAUUCUGUAAGAGGAAUUAUUGAAUUAAAGGAUAGGAAUUUUAAAAAAAAAAAAGGCUUUCUAAGGCAAAUUCACUCUAGAAUAUGUAUACAAGUUUGGAUUCCUACUGGUAAUAUAUGAGCAUGCCUAUUUUCUACAUUACAACGUAUAUACUGUUAGAUUUAUUAAAUUAUUUAAUUUUUAAAUAGCCUUCAAAAAUGUAAUAAGCAAGAAAUAUUAAGUUAAUUUCUAUUUUUUAGGACUUGUGAGCUUUAAACUUUUUGACAAAUAAAAAUUGAAUCUAUUUAAGUUGUACAAAGUAAUGUGUGUAUAUAUACCACAAUCCAACUAAUUAACAUAUUUAUUACCUAUUGUUACAGUGACUUGGGAGCAUUGACUUUAUCUUAUGAUUACUGUUUAUUUAUAUUUCUAUGAAUUGCCUAUUUGUAUACCCUGCUAAUUUUUCUAUUUUUUUAUUUUAAAUUGUAAUUAUAAUUUAGACAGUUGACACACUUUGCCAUGUGCUACAAAUAUAUUUUUCUUGUUUGUCAUUUCCCCUUGAAUUAUUUCUGAUUGUUGAUCAGUUUAGCUGCAUUCCUUUCUUGAAAAAAUAUAAUUACUUUAAUUUGAUGACUUCAUUGGAGUCUAUGCAAAAAAAGUCUCUCUUUACUCUCCAAAUGUAUCUCCAGAUACUCUUCCUAAGGUUUUAUUUUUGACAGUUAAAUCUUAAAUUUUGUAUUAACUAAUUUUAGUUAUGUUACAGAUUAUGGUUAACAAAGUGUCUCAAUUUGUGUUGUUUUUUUGUCUUAUUUACCUUCAGAAAACAUUAAAUUCUAUGUCCUUAUAUAUGUGUCAGAGACUUUCUCUUCUGUCUUAUUGAUCUGUUUGUUCUUGAUCCAUUAUCAUACCUUGUUAAUUAUUGUAGCUCUAAAAUAUUUUUUAAAUAUAGUACAUAAUUUUUCCUUCAAAAGUUUCUUGGUUAUCUUGGCCUAUUAUUUAACCACAUGAACUUCAGAAUUAUUUUUUCACUUUUAUAAAAACAUUGGAAUGUUAAUUGGCAUUGCAUUAGAUUUAUAAAAUCAUCUGAAGAGAAUUUCCACUUUACUAUCUUGCAUUUGCUUUUAAAGCUUCACUGAAUCAAAUUUAGGAGCAUGCCUAUAAAAUAGCCACCAUCUUUUAUAUGCUACUAAGAGUUUUAUCCCCUUACUAUGGAUGCACAUACAUUCUCUCCACAAAGUAGCCUUAAAGAGGUAAGGUAACUUGUCCAGAGUCACACCAGGUAGAAAGUGAUAGAGGCAAGUUAGGGCCCAGAUUGGACUAAGUUCGGAGCCCAAACUGUGUGCCGCUGCACCAUACUGCUCCCCAAAUA